AUGGGAAUCUUCAAUGGCUUCCGGCAGUCGACCAAAACAAUUCCUAAUAUCAAACUGGAGCACCGCUCGGCAGACGAGAGAAGUCUAGUCUUCAGGCUGGAUCUGUUUUUCAUGACAUUUGGCUGUCUCUCCCAGGUCAUCAAAUAUCUUGACCAGCAGAACAUCAACAAUGCCUACGUCUCAGGAAUGCAAGAAGACCUUGACCUUCGUGGCAAUGAAUUGAACUAUUUCACGACAUAUUUCAACGUCGCAUACUGCCUCAUGCUCAUUCCGUCUCAGGUCAUCUUGACCUAUGUUCGCCCAUCCUUUUGGUUGUCCGGGUUAGAAAUAACCUGGGGCAUCAUCACCGGGCUCAUGGCCCUGUCCAAGCACGCAUACCAGGUCUACAUUCUUCGCGUCUUUCUGGGGCUGUGUGAAAGCAGUGCCUGGCCGGGAAUGAUGACAUUGCUCAUGCACUGGUACACGCCGGCUGAAUUGGCCAAACGGAUGGGUUUCUAUCAUUCCUGUCAAGCAAUUGGGUAUAUGAUGAGCGGCGCACUCCAAGCUGCGAUCAUGCGGACAAUGAACGGAACGCACGGUCUUGCUGGAUGGAGAUGGCUAUUCAUUGUUAAUGCCAUCAUCACCGUGGUCUGGGGAAUGAUGGGCUUCUUUAUGUUGCCGGACUAUCCCAACCGAACCAAUCCACGCGCCUUCUGGUUCAAGCGAGUCCACCAGGAGGUCGCAAUGGAGAGACUAGCAAGACACAAUCGUGCUGAGCCAACGCAUGUUACUUGGGCGGGUGCGAAGAGAACCUUUUCUGGCUGGACAGUUUAUUUCAUUGCCACCUUGUACAUCGCCACUGUCCUGGCAAGCUAUGGGUACAACUACUUCUCGCUGUUCCUCAAGUCAUUAAAGAAUCCGGAUGGCACCAGGGUCUGGUCUGUGGAAGCUGUCAAUGUCAUUCCUAUCGGCGGAGGUGCCAUCAACGUGGUGUUUGUAUGGAUCUGGGCUUUGCUGUCAGAUUUCCUCCGUACUCGAUGGACCUUGAUUAUUACCCAGGCUUUGAUCGGCUUAAUACCCGCGAUUGCAAUGUCGGUCUGGACCUCACACCCCCGUUCAACAACGCUCACGACCGCCUAUGCUGGAUACUUCAUUUCAUAUUUAUGUCUUGGCACAGCGCCUCUCAUCUUCUCAUGGCUGUCGGAUCUCCUUCCACAGGAUCCGGAAGCUAGAUCACUUAUUGUUGGGAUGUCUGUUGCAGGGUAUUAUGCCAUCAGCGCGUGGUCACAAGUCCUAGUAUGGCCGGCGAAACAAGCUCCUUACUAUAAGUACGGUUGGCAAACCAGCAUUGCGCUUUGGGUGUUGAUCAUUGCCAUGACGUGCACACUGAGAUUCAUUGAUGUGAGAUAUUUGAAACCAAAGCGAGAUGCCUACAAUGAAGCCCAUCGCCAUGGAGAGGUGAUGACUGGUGAAGAAGCUCGCAACUCCGACGAUGGAAGUGUCGGUCGUGACAGUAUGAUCAAGGACAUUGAAGAGCAAGACCGCAAGGAUGUGGGCAUUGCCGUCAAGGGGAUAUAA